AUGGGCUGGGCGUUGAAAUCAUCCAGAACUCAAAGGAAUCGGCGGACGGAAAGCCAGAAACAAUAUCUUACUGCCGUCUUUCAAACCGGCGAACAGACUGGGCACAAAGCUGUUCCCAAUAAUGUCUCUAAGUUAAUGAGAAAGGUUAGAAACGCAGAUGGCUCCUUUACUUUCGAUGCUUCAAGCUAUCUUACUUCACAGCAAGUAGCAAGCUUCUUUUCACGCCUUGUUGCAAAGAAAGUUGUUCCAGUUCAAUAUGAAGAGGAUGAAGAUGAAUAUGAGGGAGAGACUGAAAGAAUGCAAGAACAAAGUAUUCAAGAUUUAAGCACUAAAAUCAUGGUAGAAAUAUCCCUUCAACAUCCAAUCAUGUAUGAUACACAUAACAUUUGUGAAUAA